AGAAAUACCCUGCCAGUAUGUAUUCAAGCAAAGAUCGUAGAAGAGGAAGGGAUAGACAAGGUGAUCCUGGGAGGUUCAGCCAAUCUUCAGGCCAUGUUGAUGUUUCUUUUCGUGGUCGAUUUGAUGAUCCUAGCCCUCCUCGUUCCAGAGAUUUUGGUCAGUAUGGAUCUAGGAACUCUCAGAUGGCCACCUUUCCUGUUGGGCAGAGUUAUAAUAAUGAUGACCUUCGAAUGCGAGAGAAUGAUAGAUAUGACACCCCUGUGCUAUCAAGGUCAGCCAGUGAUAGGGAUGACUUCUUCCCUGACAGACAGCCAUACAGUAAUUCCAGAAGGGAUAGCAAUACCCAAAGAAGAUCCAUUCAUGACUCUCCAUCGGAUCGCCAGUCUCGUGAGAUGGAUCUCCGUUCGUCAGGUAAAAUGGGACAUGGGUCUUACUCCAUGGACAGUGAUAGGGGAAGAGACAGGGACUUGCCAAUGGACACCCAAAGGUUUGAUGCCCUCGGUACCAGUGCUUACCCAGUACUGAACAGAGCAACGGAGUACACUGAGACUCUGGCUGCUAAGGUGCAGUUGCAGAAGGCUAUCUUGGCAGAACAAACCCUGCUCCUUGAAAUGGAGCGCAAGAAGCUGGCGAUGGCAAGUCAACAAGACAUGAGACGCAAUCAAGGAGUUGGACCCAGACAGGACCAGCGGAGGUUGAGCGGAGGAGGUAGAGGACAAGCUGGAUUUGGAGGUCGAAGACAAGGUGGAUUUGGAGGUACAGGACAAGGUGGAUUUGGAGGUAGAGGUCAGGAGGGAGGAAGGGGAGGCAGGCACCUCUCUGGAGGAGACAGUGCCGGUAGAAGAAAUCUUAGAGGGAGCCCAGGACAGCCGAAGCGUGGUGGGCGUGGCGGUCGUAGAAGUCUGGAUGGUGCUCCCGGGGGUAUACAGGGAAGCAAGGGUGGUCGUCUGGACAGGUCUAGGGACAGGAGUGAAGUUGGAAGGCAACAAGGCCAGAAACGCAAGUUGGAAUCACCGGCAGGAGGACAUGGUAGUGCUGAUAAAUCCUGCUUUACUUGCGGUAAGAAAGGUCACCUUGCAAGGGAUUGCCCUGCCAAGAAAGACACUCCAGCUGUAGGACGUGAUGAUCUUGGUGAUAAGGUGUGUUAUCAGUGUGGUGAGAAAGGUCACCUGAAACGGGAUUGUCCUAAAAAGGAAUCAUCGGGUAGCCGUGCGGAGAGUGGUGGUAUCAGGACCCCAAAAGCCGAAGGACCAGAGAAUGUUCCUCCUGUGGUCUCUUCAGAUCAACCCCCACAGAAACGGAUGGCCAUUGGAAAGGAUCUGCCUGGUGAUAAAGGCCCGGAUAGGAAGGAAGCGGAUAGAAGCAGUACCAGCUCCAGAAGAGGAAGAGGUGGAUCAAGUGCCAGGGGUAGUUUUGCCAGUGGAAGGGGAGGUGGUAUUAGCUCUAUCAAGAGAGGCAGCAAGGCUUUCAUUACUCUUGGAGGCAGAGCGAGCAAACAUGGUUUUAUCUUCGGUGACAAGGGAGGAUUCAGGGAAAGGUCAUUGAAUCCCGAGCAGCUCUUCUGUCACAUCUGCCAGUGGCAAUGCAGGGAUAUGCUUUGUUACAAGAACCAUAUGUUCAGUAACAUGCACAUAGAGAACAUCUCUGAGUUCCAGAUGAUGGAAAAGAAGUUGGAGUUUAAACCUAAGGAAAGAGAUGGUGACGGUGAGACUCCGGCAGAGCCUACCACUAAGACCAUCCAUGUCAAGUACUGUCAGCUGUGUCAGGAAUCUGUCAGAGGGUCCCUGGAGGCACAUGCUAAGACUGAUACACAUAGGGAGAUAAAAAAGAAAAAGGGCCCUUAUUGCAAAAUAUGUGAACAAGCUUUCCCUGGAAUGGGACUCUAUAAGCGUCAUUUAAAACUUGAAGUACACUUGAAGAAUGCUGAAGAGAAAGGAGUGGACCCCUCUUUUGAAGAAUAUGCUGGUGUAAGCAAAGGAGAAGAGGAAUCUACAACUGCCAAAUCUGCAGACGAGAAUGGUCAGUCAUUGACCGAUAAGUCUGACCAGGCUCAGAAGGGGCCUGGCCAGGCAGGGGCCGAUUCUGCGGCCACUUCUAGACCAACACCCAAGUCCGUUCAGGAAGACCUAGAGGAAGAUUUAACCGUUUUCAAUCCGAACGUCUCCGUGGGUGUACAGUAUGUGGUUCCUGUUACUGGAUUCUUCUGCAAGCUGUGUCGUCGAUUCUACACCAAUGAGGCCAGCGCCUGGGUGACCCACUGUAGAACAGAGCCUCACUUCGAUGCCGUCAAGGAAAAACGAGCAGCUGUCGCUGCUGCCAUGGCAAAACGUAAACUAGAGGAAGAGCAGAGAGCUGCUGAGGAGGCCAAAGCUGCUGAGGAAGCGAAGGCCGCUGAAGAGGCAAAGGCUGCUGAAGAAGCGAAAGCCGCUGAAGAAGCAAAGGCCGUUGAGGAAGCGAAGGCUGCUGAAGAGACAAAGGCCGCUGAGGAAGCGAAGGCUGCUGAAGAGGCAAAGGCCGCUGAGGAAGCCAAGGCCGCUGAGGAAGCCAAGGCCGCUGAGGAAGCCAAGGCUGCUGCGGAAGCCAAGGCUGCUGCUGAAGCAAGGGCGGCUGCAGAAGCCAAGGCCAAAAGGGCAGUUGAGCCUUUGGAGGAAGGCGAGGUCACUGAUGACUCUGAAGAAGUACAGGUUUUGGAUGAAAUACAGGCUCCCCAUGAAGAGUUUGAGACGGAGGAGGCUAGUGAAGAAAUGGUUGAGGUUAUGGAUGCUGAUACCAUUGAAGAUGCAGACAAAGCUAUGGAUCCAACUGGUACAGAAGAAAGCAAUAUGGAGACCGAAGAACAGCCCAAAGAGGAGGAACCCAGCCAGGCGAAUGAAGAAGACGAUACCAGCGCUGAAGCAACAACCCAUGAAGAAGUGACAGAGGUCAUCGAGGAAGGGGAAGAGGAAGAAAUGAUGGAGGAAGUUACGGAUGAAGCAAACAUAGUAGAAGGAUUUGAUGAAGGAGAGCUGGAGGUUACGGAUGCAGUCGGUGGAGAUGAUGAAGAGAGUGGAGAAGAAGGAGAGGGGGAAGGUGGAGGUACGAAAGUGGAGGAGCCUGAGGAGGAAGAAGAAGUCAAUGUAGAGGCUCAGGAUGAAGGGAGGAAGAGGAGCCCUCGAAGGGGAGGAAGGGGUGGGAGAGGUGGGAGGGGUGGGAGGAGAUCACGUUCACGACGACGUUAAAGAGAGACGGUUUAAACGCUUGCUCGGUAUGGAGGGACUUAAAUUUAAAGAAGGUUUGUAUCAUAGAUAGUUAGGAGAGAAUGUAGUUGGAUAAGACAGGGGAAGAUAAUCAAGUAUACUAGUAAUAGAAUUCUACUUAUAUUUGCAUUGGUUGUAUUAUAAAGUGACAAUAAGUGUAUGUUCAUUCUUAGUGUUUGGUUACUGAUUUGUAUUGUGAGUGCGAAAUUGUCUCUGAAUUGAGAUCUGUGUAGGUUCUAAUUCCUUAUACCAGCAUUAUAUGUACAUGAAUGUUGAUAUUGCUUUGUGUACUGUUUACUAUUAGCUCUAAACUGUAGCAGUUCAAAAUCAUAUGUGUUCACUUUUGUAAAUACGUAGUUUCUAUUUUACAUAAAUGUGGCGUUUCCAAUCAAACUUACUAUUCUAAACAAUUCUUUAUUUUGUUUUUGUGUAAAGUGUUUUUGUUAAAAAUUAGUGGAAUACAUUAGGUUGUCAUUUGUUGUUGAGAGUAGUUCCUCUUCUAGUCUCCGACAUUCAUAUCCACAUGCACAUAGUCUAUGUGUAAUGAGGAUAUGUUUACAAUGUGAGCUUUCCAAAUUUGUAGUCUUAUUUUGUAAGACAUAAUUUGCUCAGCAUUUUAAUUGCCAAGUAAUAUUUGUACUUAUUUACGACAAAGUCUAAAUAAUGGGUUGUAAGAUUUGAGUUAAAGGGAAAUUUUGAUCAAGAGAUGACUUAGUACAGGACAUUUUGACUGUUUUACAUUUCUUUGGGUUUUUUUUAAGUAUAAUUUUGUUUUUGUGACAAUACGUUGUGUAUAGUUCAUGCAUUAUGAUCCAAUUUUCUAUUUGUAAAUAUGUUAUGUGAAAAAAAUGCAACAUUUAGGUUUUAAAGAAGAAGAGUUGCACUCUGAACAUUUUUAAAAAAGUAAUUAAAGUGUCUAUUUUAUCUUGGACUUUUUUUUAGAUAGCAGCACACUCAGAAAUAUUAGGAUCCUUUUAAUACAUUUAUUUUUUUUACAAUGUGAAAUGUCAAGUGUGAUUUAAUAUCUCGCUAAUUUGAUCCAGAGAUGUUCAUAAUAAGGUAUAACAACUUUUUGAUUGCUGGUUUUAGUGUUGGUAAUUUGAAUGUUCAAACACAAAUGCAUUUCUCAACCAAUUGUCAUCAAAGAAUUUUCCAAAGGUUGAAUAGUAUCAGCCAAAUUUCAAUUUAAAUCAAAUGUUAUCAAAAUAAUUCAAUUUACAAUUGGGAUUCAAAACUAAGUCAAUUUGCUAGUCAGUAGAAUGGCAAGAUUUUCAGUUGGAUUUAUGAUAAUUGAAGAGUGAAUUUCAAAGGCAUUCAAGUAGAAGGAAACUUGUUUACUGUGAUAAUCAGUUUGUUUGGAUGAUUUUAAACAUUAAAAAAAAUGAGUUUUGUGAUAUAUUAAAUAGCAAUGACUUUGAUUUUAAAUGGA